GAACAAAUAUCUUACACGAACAAAAUGAAGAAAAACCAAAUAAAACCCUCCGCGAUUCAAUUCGACAAGAACCAUAAACGUUUAGUUCAUCUUGGAAAUAUAUGCAAAAAGACAAACAAUUGCCUGAAGAAACAAUCGAUCAUCACAAAGGAACUUAUGCGACGCUCUUUGGAGACCGAAGAUAUUGCAGUGUAUUGUAAUUACAACCGAAAGGGUAUUUUAAGUGCUUCUUUGGAUAUCAAUGAUAAUAAAAUCCAUGGUAAUCGAAACGAGAAAUAUAGAAGUAGCUCGGAACCUCCCAUGGCAUGUGUACCGAUGGAUGAGACUAUCGAGGAUAAUUUACAAAUGAAGGAACUUGACAAUAUCUUCAAAAACAUGCGCAUUUCAUGAAUAAGUAUACAAUUUUUACAAAUAUGAGAAAGUGUAUUUAUGUUA